AUGGUGGAUAAAAGUCAAGAGGAAAAGAACAAAAGCGUUGAACCGUUCAAGACAUCUGGAGAAUUACGGGAAUUCAUAGGAUCAACUAACAUCGAGACUAUAUAUCAAGGUGCACUGUGGACGCAUUGGAAUUUACUUUAUAUUCCGCCAUCAACCGAGCAAACUGCCAAUGCAUCUAUUGAAAACAAAUUGAAAAUAUUUCGAGAGUAUCUCCAAACAUCCCCCGAAUGCUCUGAUCUAUUUCUAAUCAAUAGUACGAACAUUGCAGCAACGCGUGCGUCGGGAAAUUCGAUCAUAAAGCGAAUACUGACAAAUUACAUGAAGAUUAUAUAUCGUAAUCUCAAUGGAAGAAUACCGCUGUGUCAGGCAACGUUGAAAAUGUUGGUCGCGAUGAAUUCGCAUUCUUUAGCCAUGACACGCGAACUAACCGAGACCUUUCAUUUUGGGCACAAGUCUUUGGGAAGACUAUUAAACAUUAGAUUGGAGCGGGAAGACGGGAAACCUAGAAACAGAAUAGACGUUCGUACGCUGUAUGUUCGAUUUGUAUUGUCGUUCUUAAUAUAUGGAGAUGCGAAAGUCAAAAAAACCGUUCUUGAAUUAAGAAAUUUUUUUGUUGACGAAGUGUUACGAACAAUAUACGAUCGCGUAAUAUUAGAAACUGACCUUGAUAGAAAGACGAAAAUCAACUUUUUUACUGGCUCGGUCUUGGAACAUCUCCUCCGGCUUUUUGCAUGCCGCGAUUCUGCUCCUUCGGAUCCAUCACAUUGCAUUGCUGAUUUAGUUCAUAACUUUCUGCUGUCAUUAUGUUGUACGCCUGGAGUUGGCAUCUGCUUUCAAGAUUUGGGAUGGUAUCCUCAUGGCACUGUGGCGACUCGGACGAUUGAUGACGAAAAAGGAAAGAGCGCAAAAGUUUAUAAUAUUGUGCUAUCAAAGUUUAUAACAAAAUUGAAGCCAAUUGAGGAUUUGAGGCAGCAAGACUUGUUGUUAAGGAUAUUGGAAGCUUGCCCGGAGUUGGUUCAUGUGUUUUGGCAAUCCACAAAACUUGCUUUCGAGCCACGUCUUUCUUUCACUUGGCUUAGUACCAUGUCCUUACUUCAAAAAAUAGUUCUUCUCCCUAUUCCUUCUCUCAAAUUACCGAAUGCACGGACAUAUCUACCAAAUCCACCACCUUGCAGUACAAUUAUUGAAAGCAUUUUGCCAUCAGCUGUAAAUCGCAUAGCAAUCAGCAAAGGCCUGCAACAUAGCAGUCUUCUCGUAAGGUUCACAACUGCCAUUUCUCUUGGAUUUUCGUUUCAAAAGCUUGACAACAUAACUCUUCGGUUCGGAGAGAUUGCCGCAAGCAUAGAAAUCAUCGAUCCUGUAAAUGCGAAAAGAUGGAACGAUAUACCCAAUUCCAUGGCAGAAGAAAUGAGAAGACGCGUGCCUGAUGUUCAGGUACUGUUAAAGCUACAUCAUGAUAUUCUAGCUGCUGAGAAUCUACAAAAGGGACCAGACGAUGAAGAAACGAUGAGGAAUAAGUUUAUGCGUGAGGCAGUGCUACGAUUAAUCAAGUUUUAUCAAAAGUAUAUGCCAGACUCGCUGUUUCAGUCCAAGUUUGAUAUCGGCAGAUUAAUUCCCGCAGAUUUUAAUAGAGUGGCAGUUGGCUUGGUUCUUCAUUUGCUUGAUUUGCUAUUUGCCACUGAUGGAUUUCCCUGGUGGAAUAAAAACGAAUCCGACUUUUCCCAUUUAAUCUCGCUCAUAAAUCUAUACAUUUCAACACCAUACCCGCAGAUUAAAGAGAAAACAGCAGAAGUUCUUCGAUACUUUAUGACCGAGCCUAUUCUUUUCCAGCAUGAUCCAAAUGAAUCAGAGAUAUUUCUCAACACUAUUCAGCAGACACUCUCCCGCAGAAAAGCAAAAUCGGACAAGAUCGAACUUCUCAAAUUUUUAGACAGUCGCAUUUUACAAUAUCGUAAUUAUCCUUACAAAGAUAUUGACCGAACAGUCAAGUUAGCCAAAAAAGUAAAAGACAAUUUGGUAAACACGAGCACUAUGGACAUUGAUGAGAACGAAAGCAAGGAGCUGGUAGAAAUUGCAAGGCAAAAAUUAUCUGUUCGUUAUAAUAUGGAAGAGGACGAGUUUGAGUAUCCAUUCAGUCCGUUAUUAAUCACUAUUGUUGACUACAAUCACCAGACGACAAACCCAACCUCUGUCGUUUCGGAAUUUAUAUCAAAUUUGAUAAGGAAUAUUCGCGGGUCCGGACGUCAACGCGACAAAAUUUCUGCGGGUCCAUUAUCGAUAUCUGAAUUGCAUAGGAAGAGGAUAGUAUCUGAAAAUAGCAUAAGCAGUUUUCUGGACACUUGGAAGACGCAGCCAUCAGAAAAUCUUGAUAGAGUCCUGCUUCUAUUCAUCAAGGAUCAUUUACCAGAGGGUCUUGAAGAUCCGACUGAAGACUUGUCGCUGACCAGUAUCUUAUCGGUUGAGAAAAGAUUUUACGCUACAAUACCUGAGGACAUUAAUGAUGACGUCUUUUAUCAUCUAAUUAGAAAUAUGAACGAUACACGUACUAGCAUAUUACGCUUUCUGAUGCUAUGCAAACAUCAAUUUCGAAAAUUGUUUGAACAUUGUAUCCGGAACGAACCUUUGAACCUACGUAAUAUGUCUACCGAGAAUUUAGUUUCACUGAUUGAUGCUUACUUGAGCACUGUGGCCAUCAGAUCGAAUGAACGUGCAAGGUGGUUCGAGGAGUCAGUAACUGAUGAUGAUAGAAAUGCAGUGUCUUUCAUAGGGAAAAUGUAUGGGAAAAGACUGCUUGCAGGCAUGCAGGUGUCUUUGAACUCUCAGAGCUCGUCAUUAGUAACUCUUGUAUUCUGUACGUUACUCGAUCUGGAACCUAUAGUGUUAUCGAAACGAGUAACCAAAGAUUUAAUACAUGGGGACGUACCCUCCGUAUUUGGUCUAGAUUACUUGACUAUAUGUGACCAUUUCUUCAAAUACUAUGGUGACAGUGUGUCGGGCAAACAGCGAAAAGACUUUAUCACCGCAUGUUUUCAUAAUGUCGCUUUGUUAUUAGAAAAUAACGCCUUGGAUUCUAUGCCAAUCAAGACAUUUGAUUUGAUAUUUCAGAAAUUAGAAAGCAUAUUGAAAAAGGUUAUACCGCUGGCGGAUGUACUGGAAGCUAACACAGUUGGAGAGUUUUUAUUUGUCGCUAUCGACAAAAAGAUUGCAUUCUCGUCUGUCAUAAAGUGUAUAACUUCACUAAUAUCUACCGCGUAUAGUCAACCAUCAUUCAUAGGUCCGCCACAGAACAAGAUCUUAGAUGCUAUCUUAACUCACUCCCAGUUUACCACUCUCACUUAUCCGCCAAUGCUUUCCUCCAAAUCAUCAUACUUGCAAACACGUUCAAUUCGUCUUGCGCUCUGUCACCUGAUACAUAGGCUGUACGAUCUUUUUCCAUCUAUCUGUUACAGGCAAGCCUACCUGCCAUUUCUUAUCGAGAUAUAUGGGGCAACAACAGCCGAUUCGGAUCGACUACUUCUUGACAUCUUUAUAAAGUAUGAAAAAAUCACCAAGGUCUCUGUAAUUAUGUAUUUAAUGACAUGGGGACCUGGAUCAAGCAAAUUAGUAACCAAGAAAAGAUUAAUGGGAGAGAACGUUGUGGUUGAAUCUAUGGGAUUGCUGGAUUCGAUGGCAUUGAUGCAGAGUUAUACUCACUUUAAAAUUGACGAUGGGCUGGAAGUGGCAGUCGAGAAUAGCUUAAUCGAGGAGAGGAUUGAGGAGAGUGAGGAAAGAAUAAAAAUGAGAACAGCACCUGCAUGCGAUUUGUCAUUUAUGUUGACUUUAUUUGCUAACCUGAUGUCAUAUGGGGGGAUGAUUGAUUGUCGGAGAUUUAUUGAAGUCAAUGCAUUGGGAUUGGUGAUAGUAUCGCUUUCUUCCAACCGAGACAAUGUUCGUCGCGCAGCUUAUUAUCUAUUAGACGAGUUCUACGUACUGCUCGAGCGGGCGAUAUUCAGAGAGAAGAAACAGAUAUUACUGCUUCUUAAUUCUCUUAAGAAUGCAAUAACUGAAAGAGAGUCGAUUGAGUCUCCCCAGCGUAUUCCGACAAUAAUCACAGUGUUUGUCGCGCAUUCGUUGACUAUAUUUUUGAAUCCGGCCCAUUCCAUGUAUCCUCAAAUAAACAAGUUUUUGCUCCAAAGACCAAUUAUUGACCUAGCGGAUGUGCCCAUGUUCUAUCAAUUAAUGUAUAGCUCGUCAUCCAAUUCUCAAAAAGACAGAGUGUGGAUAUUAAGACUUUUGUCGGCCGGGCUGAAAAGUUUUUCGGAUUAUAAGUUAUUUAAACGAAGGUAUGUCUGGGAUAUCAUCAGUGGAUAUUAUAUUUCUCGAGUAUCUGACAAUGUAACGCGCAAGAUUAUAAACGAGAUUAUUUUCCAAGCCGCAUCUAUACCAAAUGUGAUUAAUGAUAUGAUAAUUAAAAAUGGACUCUUGGCUUGGAUCCAUAGCUUAUGUAUAUCAACAACAUUAUCACCGGAUAAUCAAUUCUGUUUUGUUGGCCCAAGAAUACUUUUACGAGUAUUACAGGGUUGCGAGAAAACAAAUUCCCGUUGGCUAGAAGGCAUCUGGUCCAACCAGGCUAUGUGUAUUGCUACGGACAUGUUACAUCUUCUAGAUGGGUUUAAUGUCACAACGUCAACAUCCUUGUGGACGCUCAACAUGCUCAAGGCUAUUCUUCACGUAUUUCACUAUCUUACGUUAACAUCGUCGCCAACUGCGCUCACGUAUAAUACACAUCAAUUUACCGUCACUUUUAGGAUUCUAGAAAAGUGCGAGCUAUAUCUUGACCCUUGCUUAAAGGCUUUUCGUAGUGUAACAAAAGUGGCUUAUCAGCAUCCGUUUGCGGAUGACAACUUGGAUCAGUUGUACGUAAUGAACGACGAUGGUUUAUAUAUAUACAAGGAACUCGUUAGGAUAGUUUUUGAAAUGGUUGUUAAUUGCGAGAAAUUGGAAGGAGAUGCGUUUAAGAAAGUUACGGCACGCGCAUUAGCAAUAGGUGUUUCCAAUGAAGCAAGAAGCUGGGUGAUUGAAUGCUUAGGAUUUGGGGAAUAA